UAAUCCUUACUCAACGACUGUCCCACUGUCCGCACCCUCUAGUCCCACAACAAAUCCGAUCGCCUUACACUGGUGAAUGGCAUUGUCCUUUUCAGCGCCUGCUACGUAGCACUGACCACAGUUCUCUCUGCGAUUCGUUUCUGCUGUUCGCGCAGACUCUAUGAGCUUCCCAGCGUAUUGGGGCAAUAAUCAUGCCUUUUAUGAAGGCGAAAUGCCACCAGGUACGGCUCAGGAUCACCAGGAGUACCGGGUCAUGUCAAACGCAGGGCGCUGAUAGCUUCUGUUCUCACUUGCCAGGCUUAUCCGAUUUAGGCGCCGGCGAAACACUGCACAAGCAAAGCCUUCCUUACGCAUCUGACAUCUACAGGAAUCGGCCGCUGUGGCACGCUAUUGUGCAAGCACCACUAAAUGUCAAUAAAAACAUGACCACCUACCAAACAGGCACCGGUCCACUGUUUUCAAUGCCUCCUGCUCUUAUCAAUGGAGAGCACUGGUGUCAGCCUGACGAUUGUUUUAAUCCCCAGCGUGUGGAAUCAAGGAUGGCAUCAGCAUGCUGUCCAAUGAAUUCCAACCUACCGGCUCGAAUCGAGGCGCAGUAUUUGACGAAUCCCAUGACUAACUCUCUCGCUACGACGUUUUCGACUUCAGUUUCCCCACGAUCGUCAGGCAUGAAUGGAGAAACUCACGGGGGGUCCUACUUACCCCCAAUCUCCGUCCCAACAACUUUAUCGGAGCGCAAGGAAGGGGCUAGUUGUGAUCAUUCCGGAGUAUCUCGUCAAUCUUCAACUUCUCUACCUCCCCCGUACUUUUCUUUCGAGCUCACGGAACCCUCACCACCUUCCACCAUCGCCUAUCGCAGGAAAUCACUCCCUUGUGUUAAUAAACCAAUGGAUUGGCAUAUGACGUUGGACGAUUUUCACUGGCUCGCGUCCGUGCUCUUUCCGAAACGCCGUCCUAACAAGCGUAAACCUACCCCUUCGGGAACUUGCCGAUUCUGCGAUGUCGUCUGCUCGCGAGCCGGCAACCUUCAACAACACGUCGUCUUCCAGCACCGUCAACGAAUCGCCCGGAAAUACAUCGAGAACGACCACUAUAAUCAAGAUCUUGCAUUGGCGUUCACCGUCUUAGAAUUGGAUGUGGGUGGCGGGAUGUCAAACAUGGACGCCAAUAUGGGAGGCCACAGGACCACUGAGGAAGCCAGUGAGAGUGAUCUGUUCAGCGCGGCUCUUGUCACCGGCCCGGUGACCUCCAUGGCCUCAUAUCCUCAUUUGUUGGCCCGUUUCCACAGGUUCUGCAUGGCCGAAAAGUGGAGGGGGGUCCAUUGCAGUGCAUGCGGGAUGCUCGUUCAGAGGAAGCUGAAUCUUAGUGGGCAUCAAGCCAAAUGCCCUGCCAUCUUGGGAUGUCGGGCCAUGAAAUCCAAGAGCUUGCCACAGCAUUCGUUUUGAAAAUACCCAAUCAAUCCUCCAAAUCGAUGACACUUUGCGGAACUGCCUCGUAUUCUGUAAAUUUGCGACACUGAAAUUUUGUGUGAUUCUUUUCACUUUUGUCU